GCACUUUGCAAUAGCAUAUUUUGAAAAAAACCUUUUAUUUCAAAUUGCGCGCCAUUAAUAUCGAAUGUGGCGUGGCUCUGUAGCCCACGUACGAAAUAAUAGACACUGUUUUUAGUGAUUCCCUUCUCCAAACCCUUUGAUUUCCUGGUGCAAAAUUUUGUUCAGUUAUAAUUAUUUUUAAAUUUGUAUUUGAAUAAUGAGUGAAUUCGAAACUGACGAUACUUUUGUCGUAAUAAAAAACAUUGCAAAUGUGUGCAGAAUAUGUUUGGAAGAGAGCGCCCACAUGAUAAGUAUUCACAACACCGAAAACGAACUCCAGAAGUCGGUAACCGAAAUGAUCACCAUCUGCAUGACGAUUAAGCUGGAGGAACGUGAACUAUUUCCAGAAUUGGUGUGCAACAUUUGUAGGGAUGAAAUAAUUCUCGCAACCAAACUUCACAUGAAGUUUACCAAGUCACAAUCGUUCUUAUAUGAGCAUGUUGCCAAUUUGCAAGUCGCGGAAAUGAAGGUGGAUGAAAUUGUUAUAAUAAAUACAAUAUCCGAGAUUAAGAAGGAACCUGGUGAACCAUUUAUUGUAGAAAAUAGUGAGAAAUCUGAAAAAAGUGGCACGACUUUGGAGAAAGUAGAUCAUAUAAAAGGGCCAAUUGGUGGUUUUAAACAAGCUGACAAAACUGUUCUUUGUACUGUAUGUAACGUGAGAGUUCCACCUGCGAAUAUCAAAGCUCAUCUUUCAAAGCACUCAAAAGUGCUUGAGUGCCCCAUGUGCUGUCGAACCUUUGCAAAUAACUUUAAUUUACGUCGUCAUAUGUACACUCAUACAAAUCAAACACCGUUCGAGUGUGGUUUAUGUGGCAUACAAUUCUCCCGAAAAGAUAAUUUAGUGAAGCACAUACAAUAUCAUUCACUAGUAGGCAAUGUGUGUACAAAUUGUGGGCAAAAGUUCGAAAGUCUUGUAACACUUCAGCAACAUGUUAGUGACAAAUCAAAUUGCCAAGUGACAAAAUUCAAACGUCUCUUGUCUUGUGAUGUAUGCUUUAAAACAUUUGGUUUAGUGAGUAGUCUAAAUACGCACAAAUUGUUACACACACCUAAUACCGUCAUCUGCCAACAUUGUGGGAAUCCAUAUCCCAACGAAAAAAAGUUAAAGUCUCACAUAGAGAAAGUGCAUCAGAAAGAAAAUGAAAGACUAUUUCUCUGUAAUGUUUGUGCUAAGCAAUAUAAAAGUAAAGUCGCUUUAGAUACGCAUAUGGCAACUCAUGAAGAUGCUGACAAAAAAUAUGAGUGUAAAGUUUGUGAAAAACGUUUCGCGCAAGCUAGCUCACUAAGUGUUCAUCAUAUUAUUCACACAGACGAAAAACCAUAUGUUUGCCACAUUUGUUCCAGGGGGUUUAAUAAAUCCUGCAAUUUAUACAGGCACAUACGAACUCACAGUGAUAAUCGACCACAUCAAUGUAACUAUUGCAAAAAAACAUUUCGAUUUCUAGAAUCACUUACUAUUCACAUUAGGACGCAUACCGGUGAGAAACCGUUUGCCUGCCUAAAAUGUGAUAAACGAUUUGCAGAUAGGAGCACACUAUGCAAACAUAAAAAACUGCACCUAAAGACGGAUGAAUUAGAUUCAUAAGGUUCAAAAUUAUUCAUUUUUGUUGUUAAUUUUGGUAAUUUAAUAUAUUUGCAUUUAAGUUCACUUUAAUGUUGGUAAAUAUAUUUUUUGCUAUAUUA